ACCCAUUUUAAUUUAUAAUCUUCAUUUUGGUCAACACAUAUUUGCUAGCACCUCACUCUUACCAUAUCAAUGGCAGAAGCAACAACAAUAUAUGCAGUUGUUACAGGAGCAAACAAAGGAAUAGGAUUUGCAGUAUGCAAUCAAUUGGCUUCUAAAGGGAUCACUGUGGUGCUUACUGCAAGAGAUGAAAAGAGAGGUCUUGAAGCUGUUGAGAAAUUGAAACAGCUUUCUUUGCCUGGUCUUGUUGUUUUCCAACAACUUGAUGUCAUAGAUCAUGCAAGUAUAAGAUCAUUUGUAGAUUUUAUCAAGAAUCAAUUUGGUAAACUAGAUAUCUUGGUAAACAAUGCUGGGAUUCCUGGAGCACAAGUAGACGGUGAAGCUCUUGCUGCUGCUAAAAUUGUGGAAAAUGGUGGCCAGAUUGAUUGGAGUAAAAUAAUAACUCAAACCUAUGAACAAACUGAAUUAGGUAUUAAAACAAACUACUAUGGAGCAAAGGACUUGACAGAAGCCCUUAUUCCAUUUCUCCAGCUUUCAAGCUCACCAAAAGUUGUCAAUGUUUCCGCAUCCAUGGGAAAGUUGGAGAAACUUCCAAAUGGAUGGCCUAAGGAAGUAUUGAGUGAUGUUGAAGAACUUACAGAAGAAAAGAUUGAUGAAGUUUUGAAUCAAUUUCUAAAGGAUUUUAAAGAGGGGUCACUAGAAAACAAAGGUUGGCCUGAUAAUAAUUUGUCUACUUACAUUAUCUCAAAAGUUGCUCUAAAUGCCUAUACAAGGGUUGUGGCUAGAAAGUAUCCAUCAAUAUGCAUCAAUGUUGUUUGUCCUGGCUUUGUGAAAACAGAUAGUACUUACAAUACAGGUUAUCUAACACCUGAUGAAGGUGCUGAAUCAAUUCUGAGGUUGGCAUUGCUAUCUGAUGGUAGUUCUGGUCACUUUUUUGUUAGAAAUGAAGAGAAACCAUUUUGAUCAAAGAUUGGUUGUUGUCAAAAAACAAAUUGUGAAAGAUACAUGCAGGAUAAUUAUGGGCUGAAAACAAUUACUUUGUAUUGAUUUUUUUCUACUUGUGUUUCACUAAAGAGAAUAAAGUUCGACCAGGAAUUGAACCCUAACCAAAUAGUUAAAGAUGUACCCCUGGUGUCACACCAUAUUAGUAGAUGUCAUCUAUACUAUUGUUGGUCCUCCCA